AUGGAUGGAUCAGGCCCCGACGGAGAUUAUGAACAGGAUCCAGCCAUCAUAAAUACAUGGAAGGCGCAAAGAAGGGUGGUUCGACAGCAACUCACUACUACUGCGCAGCGAAUUGAUGGCCUUAUUCAUAUUCGUUGGUCGAGAGGUGCCAUAUCAGGAUUGCUACAAAUUCUCGAAGGUCUUCUAUCAAGAGCAAGUCAACUUCACACAAAUUUGAUGUCCGUGGAGGACCAGACCGAGAAUGACCGAAAAGAUGGCAUGCAUCUCAGGUAUAUCCAGCAAGCUGAAGUUGCAGUAGCUGUAUCGCAUCCCCUACAAGUCGGUGUGAUACCUGACGGUGCUCGUCAAGCAGAAGAUCUUAGGACAGCCAGACAAAGAGCCGAUGUUGCACAACGCCAAGCAGAAGAAGCACGGAGCCAAGCUGAAGCAGCUUCUGGUCGAGCGGAAGCCGCCCGCCUUGCAGCCGAAGAAGCCCGACAAGCCCUUCAUCAGUUCAAUAUUGAAGAGGAUCGUUUUAGUUCCGUCAGCCGUGCAGGACCUCCCUUCCCUUCGCUCGCAGCUAACUGGGUUCAGCAACAACGCCAACAGAACAUGCUGAAAUUACAUGAAGCACCUGAUGAUUGGAUUGAUCAGUAUGCCGCUGGUCAUCUAAACCCUAGCAAUGGAGCAUGUUACCGAUCACCAGUGUCCGCUGAUUUGGAUUCGUAUGCUGGUAAAGCUUUAGACUGGUUCGAGUGGAUCGACCUUUUUCGUGCCCUUGUUCAUGACACAGGGAAAUCACCAGGGGAAAAGUUAGCCCUUCUUAAACGUCAUCUAAAAGGCGAUUGUUCAGACCUAGUUCACGGACUAGGAGGAGGAGAAGCCGCCUACAAAGAGGCCUUGGUUCGUCUUAAACAAUCAUGCGGUCGUCGAGACGUAAUGAGAGCUGCACACCUUCAGGCGAUUGAAAAGAUGGAGCUCAAGAACGAUCCAGCGACCUUCAAACGUUUUGCCGAGAAGAUACGUACUCAUCUAUUCGACCUCAACAGGCUUGGAGAGGCUUUUGCUCCAGAUCUAAUUGAAAAGGUCUGUCUUAGGCUUCAGCUUUCCGACCGAUUAGCAUUGAACGAGGGACGACGGGGAGGAUUAGAGACGAGGAGCCUGGACACCUUUGCUUCUUGGUUAAGUAACAGAGCAGCGGCGUAUCAAAAUGCCUUCAGUAUCGCAGCCGAUCAGCUUCACGCGUUUACGCCAAAGACCACCAAUCGUCCUCAGGCUCGUAGUCAUCAGGCUUCAUCAACCCGAACAGAAAGGUUGUCGUUUUCAAAAAAUACCUCCCGUCCUUUCUGCUUCAAAUGUGAAGGUGACCAUAAGCUCGAGGGCUGUGGAGACUUCAAAUCGUUGGCGGUUGGAGAAAGAGUGGCCUUUUGCGCGAAACAUCGAUUGUGUUUUGGCUGUUUUGGUACCAAGCAUUCCGCAAGGUUUUGCGCCCAGAAGAAACCUUGCAAGUUUGCAUAUUGCCGUCUUUUCCAUCACGGGCUUCUGCAUGACCCAACCCGAUCAUCUAACAGUCCGCCAGCAGAGGCAUCUAGAUCGGCAGUAGUACAGACAGGAAGACGACAAUGCAGAGUUGCUAUGGGAAUGAUGCGACUUAAGAUUUUGGAUUACAAAGGAGACUCGGUGUGGGCCAACGUUUUCAUAGAUGAAGGGUAUGACUCUACCUUGAUGAGACAGGGAUUCGCUAAUAUCCUGAAAAUCGCUGGUGUGCGUCAGAUCCUUACCGUGGAUGGUGCCGGAAGUGUAGUGAAUCGCUAUCCCUCUCAACGCGUGGGUUUCCAGAUCAGCACUGAUUCGGGUGAGGUAUUGAAUGUCGCUUGUUCAACUCUGCCGACCGUCGCUAGUGCCACACCCGUAACGGAUUGGUCGACUCUUAAACGACGCUGGGCACACCUAUCUGACCUGCCAGUGAAGGAGACGGGUGAAAGAGUGGAUAUUCUUAUUGGCACCGAACAUUCCCAUCUGUUGGUGCCCCUCGAAUCUAGAGUCGGAAAGGACUAUGAGCCUACUGCCAUCAGGAGUCGCCUGGGUUGGGUGAUACGAGGCGUAAUUCAAGAUGGCGCUACUAUUACAGCGAUACGCGUCCAUAAGGUAACGAGCACAACCCAGCUAGAAGAGCUUACUGCGGAGUUGCGGCGCUUUUGUGACACCGAAAACUUCGGAACCGAAUCGAAGUUGGUGGGCAUGUCAGCAGAAGACCGUCAGGCAGUCGCCAUUUUGGAAGCCGGAACAAGAAAAUUGGACAUUGGCUAUGAGGUUCCGAUUACGUGGAGAUCAGGAGAGCCAAAUUUUAUUUGCAAUCGCCAGAUGGCACAGCAGCGUCUUAGUGGUCUGCUACGACGAUUUAACAGGGACCCUACAUUUGAAUCUGAUUAUCGGGCUGCCGUGCAAAAGACGAUAGAUAAAGGUUACGCUUCAAUUUUAUCCAAAGAGGAUGCAAUUUCUGCCAAAUAUUUCCUGGCUCAUCACGGUGUGUACAAGGGUACGAAGCUUCGGGUUGUCUUCGAUGCAGCAGCGCCUUUUAACGGAAAGUGCCUGAAUGAUGCCAUUCUCAGCGGUCCGGCACUCCAACCUUCUCUUCCGUCGGUCUUGAUCCAGUUUCGGGAAGGAGCGGUGGCAUGGGCAUCAGACGUGGAAGCAAUACUUCGCUUCUUCAAGACUUGUAGUGUGUCGCAUGGAUCGACUUCCGUUUGGAGCUACCUGCUCCCCAUUUAUAGCUAUUCAUACACCUCGACGGGCAGCUAG